AAUCUUCAAUAGAUUGUGUUCCACUCAACAAGAAACGAUUAUGAAAAUACAAUUACUUUUAAUUGCAGCAUUUGCUGCAUUGAUUUCCUGUGCACCUCAAGCAGCGGUUUCGGAGGACGAAGGAAAUCAAGAUCGAAUUUUAAAUGGAAAUCUAGUAGAUGCAAAGCAAUUUCCAUUUAUCGUAUCUGUUCAUGAAAGAAAACGUAAUGAAAAUAAUCCUUUUAAAUUUUGUGGAGCUUCAAUAUUGAAUGAAAAAUGGCUUUUAACAGCUGCUCAUUGUUACGACCACGUAAAAUCGAAAGCUGAUAUUCGUAUAAAUGCUGGUGUUGUCGAUGCAUUUAGUGUUGGCGCCAAGUCACAAGAAAUUUCAGUUGAAAAAUGGUUUCUUCAUCCCAAAUACGUUCGAAUUGCCGAACAUGAUGAUAUUGCAUUGAUAUUGUUGUCAAAACCAUUGAAAUUCAACAAAUUCGUGAAUUCUAUCAGUCUACCACCGGCAGGCUAUGAAGCAACUGGCGAAGGUAAAAUUAUAGGAUGGGGUGCAAUUGAUCCUAAAGAGGAAAUUACAAGUCAAUAUUUACGUGAAGCCACCGUUCAUGUUUCAACCGAAGAAGAAUGUAAAAAACAUGACAGUCCAAUGUCAGCAGCUACCCAAAUUUGUCUUGGUGUAAGUGAUAAAUCAACAGCAUGCAAAGGUGAUUCUGGUGGUCCAUUUAUGCAAAUGAUUAAUAAUAAACCAGCUAUUGUCGGUGUUACAUCAUUUGGAGGCAGAGGUUGUAAUGAAUAUGAUGCUACUGUUUACACUAAAGUGGCGGCCUACUUAGACUGGAUCAACGAAACUAUUAAAAAUAAUUCAUAAAAGCUU